GUAAUAAUGCUCUUAGUCUCUUGGUGACGCUCUUCUAUAAUGCUUGACUUAGAGAUUUUUUCCCUAUCUGUGUCAGUUGAGCUGCAGAAGUGGGUUACAGCAGAGUUGUGCAUGGAUGCGCAUUUAUGCCAGGGUGCAUGAGGGAGAGAAGGAAAGAGGCUGCGUGUUAGUGAGAGUGUGUGAGUCAUAGAGAGAUAGAAAUAAGCAGUGGAGGAAUGGGAGCAGAGAGAGACGAAUGCAAGCUGACAGCAUCUCUAAUAGAGCACGAAUAACUCAGCUAAGGAAGUAGAGAGUGGUCGGAUCACUGCUGCGUUUACAGCCUCACAGCUGGAUGAGGAUUUAAAUAUAAUGUCGACGUUGUAUCAUUUUCUGAAAGCAUGUUGUAUGAUGGAUCGUCGAAGGAACCCAACAUGGUGGAUUGAUUUCUUGCUGUCAGCUCUCCUGUUUGGUGUUUCGUUUGGAGAGCUCCGGUAUGUUCUUCCAGAGGAGAUGCAGAGAGGCUCGGUGAUUGGGAACGUUGCACAUGAUCUUGGGCUGGAGCCUUUGGAGCUUAAAGCUCAUCGAGCCCGGGUUGUUGCAGAAGGAACCAGCCAGCUCUGUAAGCUUGACGCUGCAUCUGGAAAUCUUUUGAUCACCCAACGCAUAGACCGAGAGGAGCUGUGUGCACAAGCCAUCAUCUGCACUCUGCAGUUUCAGCUUCUACUUGAAGAUCCACUUCAAGCGUUCAGCCUAGUUUUGGACAUUGUGGAUAUAAAUGACAACAGCCCCGUGUUUACAACCAGGGAGAUAAAACUGGAUUUAGUUGAAUCUACAGUUCUCGGGAGACGCUUUCCUAUUGAGAGUGCGUAUGACCCCGAUUUGGGCACUAACUCUGUCCGUGAGUAUAAACUGAGCCAGAAUGAUCAUUUUGCACUAGAAAUGAGCACCCAAAUAAAUGGAAAUUCUUAUCUGGAACUUGUUCUCAAAAAGCCUUUGGAUCGUGAGGUGGAAUCAGAACAUCUGCUGGAAAUCAAUGGAAUUGAUGGGGGAAAUCCGGUCAGGUCAGGAACUGCCUCUAUCCAGAUCCGUGUUUUGGAUGCAAAUGACAAUGUCCCAGUUUUUAGCCAACGAGUCUACAAAGCAUCUGUGGCAGAGAACUCCCCUUUAGGGACUGUCAUUAUAACCCUGAAUGCCACGGACCUGGAUGAAGAUGUAUAUGGAGAGAUAACUUACUCCUUCAGUCACCUCUCAGACGCGAUGGGAGGAGUUAUCGAAAUCAACCCUCAGAGCGGAGAGGUUCUGGUCGCAGGUGUUAUUGACUAUGAAGAAGAAAGCUCCCACGAGCUGCAUGUCCAAGCCAAAGAUGGCGGAGGCCAGGCCUCUCACUGCAAACUCAUAAUCGAUGUGAUUGAUGUGAAUGAUAAUGCUCCAGUAAUAGAAAUAAAAUCAGCCUCUGCUAAAGUGUCCGAGGAUGCUAAACCAGGAACUAUGGUUGCUCUGAUUAACAUUUAUGACCUGGACACUGGCAGCAGUGGGCGUGUCACGUGCUCAAUUUCAGAUAGUGUUUCAUUUAAAUUAGUAUCGGAGGUCAAAAACUAUUAUAUGUUAGUUACUAAUACGAUGUUAGACAGGGAAACACAACCAGAGUACAACAUAACGAUCACUGCCACUGAUGCAGGCGCUCCCUCACUCUCCAGCGUCAAAGUGCUAACUAUUGUUGUGAGUGAUGUAAAUGACAACCUACCUACUUUUAUGCAGAAACAGUACAAUGCCAACAUUUUGGAAAACCAACCAGUUGGUACGUUUGUGGUGAAGCUUGAAGCACAGGAUGUUGAUGACAGGGCUAAUGCAAAAAUAUUAUAUCACAUACCUAGGGACUCAAACUCUGAUGUGUGGUCAUUUCUUACAAUAAACUCAGAAACAGGUGAGCUCUUUACAUCGCGCCUCUUUGAUUACGAACAGUCGGUCCACUUUCAAAUUAGGGUAAUAGCUCGAGAUGGAGGCCAGCCUCCACUUUCUACCACGUGUACUGUAAAUGUUUUCAUUAAGGACAUGAACGAUAACGCACCAGUUAUUCUGUAUCCUGUCCAAGCGUCCGAGUUUAUAGCUGAAGACAUGGUGCCGAUUGAAGCUCCCAGAGGUUAUCUGGUAACUAAGGUGGUUGCUGUG